GCUGCCACAAAUACUUUGGAGCCCAGCUACGCGCUUCAUUGACGUGACAAGAGUCUUUUUGAAAAAGUGUGUACGGCAGCUUCUUUUUUUCCUAUGGGAAGGGGAAGGGUUAUGAUAAGGCCACGUGAACAGAAGGCGGAAGAAGGCAGCACAUUCUCCUCCUCCUCUGCUUCGUAGUCCGGAGAGCGAAAAUCACCCCACAAAGGAAGGGGGACAUGGCGGGGAUUAAAGGCCUGGUUGGCUUAUCAUUCACUGGAGUCAUUGGCCUGACGUUUCUUAUGUUGGGGUGUGCCCUAGAACGUUACGGAGUCUAUUGGCCAUUAUUUGUCUUGAUAUUUUACUUUAUAAGUCCUAUUCCUCACUUCAUUGCAAAAAGAAUAAACGACGAUACAGAUGCUGCAAGUAGCGCCUGCAGGGAGUUGGCAUAUUUCUUCACAACUGGAAUUGUCGUUUCUGCCUUUGGAUUUCCUAUCAUUCUUGCACGUGUUGAAGUGAUCAAGUGGGGAGCUUGUUGCCUUGUGCUGGCUGGCAAUGCAGUAAUUUUCCUUACAGUUUUAGGGUUUUUUGUUCUCUUUGGAAGAGGAGAUGAUUUUACCUGGGAGCAGUGGUAGACAUCACUAUAAUAUGGAUCUGCACUUUAUAGCUUACAAAUAGCUUAAUAUUGUUCUUGUAUAUGUAUAUAUAACCUACAUAUUUGCAAAUUGGGACUAUCUUGCAAGUUGGAUGGAGUUGUAGUGGUUUGAAGUUACUUUUCAGCACUUAACAUUUGUUCCUUUUUUUUUUAACUGAGGUGUAGAAAAAAGUUAUUGAGGGCACACAAAAUACAAAAAGUUUCAUUUUGCCAAAGUGCUGAAAUAAUUGCCUGUAGUAAGCUUUUCUUCAUGAAAAUAACACAAAGACAUUUUAAUAAUGAUGUUUGUAAAGUACCCAGAAUACUGGACUCUUAAAUUACUCAGUGUUUAUAGUACUUCAAAAUACAGUGUUUAAAAAAGUUCGUUGUGGGAUGCCUAGAUUUAGAAAAAACCUGUUCUUGACCCUCUGCAUGAUUGAGAAAAUGGGACAUAAUCCUGCAAAUGUCUCUCACACAUUGACAGUUUUAUACUAUUUUGCCUAAAGUUUGGGAGAAUUCAUUUUAAAAGUGGUUUAAGAUAUGAUAAAAUUGGAGGUAAAAAGAUUAAAGCUGCAAUCCUAUGCACAUUUGCCUGGCAGUACACCAAACAUCAGUUUACUCAAUUGAAGACAGUGGGAUUUACCUCUGAUAGACACGUGCUGUAAAGUUGCCUUAUAAAUUAUGCUGCACUGGAAAGGAAUAGAAAUUUAGCUUUGAUCUCUUUUCUAAUAUUUUGAAAGCCUGUCUUUCACUUUCACUCUCAAUACCACACUGGUGCCCUUUCAAUCUGAUAUUUUACUAGGAUUAAUUGUAAUGGUAACUGAUAAUGUUAACUUUCUAGCAUAGGGAUGGGCAAUCUAUAGCCUCUGGUCUUAUUUCAUGUCUCAUGACAAGAGACACAAGAAGAGGGCCCUCCAAAACUGGGGGGAAAUGUUUUGCUACCUCUGUUCUAGCAGGUAUCAAACCAUUGCUUUUCUAUUUAAAAUGGACACACACAUUCUUUUAUAGCUGAAAUAAACUGAUGAAACUUUUUAUUUUUCAGUUGUGGUAGCCUAUGGCUCUUAGCAAUAAAGAUUCAUUUCAUAUUUUUUAAGGUAUAAACUCAAAUUACUCCUGUGUGAAAAUGACUUACUACUAGGGCUGUAACAAUUACCAUGAGCCUGAUAUUGAUAUGCUCCAAGCUUGUCAUCCUGACAGUGUUGGUGACCAUUCAUUUACUUUGCUGCCCUGGGCUUCUUCAGGAGGAAGGGCAGGACAUAAAUUCAGUAACUAACUAACUAAAUAAAUACUUUAGUGAUUCUCAUUGUAUGGAAAAAACAGCAGAGUCUUGUGGCACCAUAAAAAUUUAACAAAUUACUUGCCAGUAAACACUCUAAGGUGCCCUUACUCUAAAAUUACUAUGGAUUCUAGAAUGCAUGAAAACAAUGCUACAUGUAUUUCAUUUGGAAAAACAGUUGCUUUGUGUUCCUUCUUGACUAGCCUUUUCUGUGUUUCAUAUACAACAUAUAUGAACUUUUGUAACCUUUGUAAUCUAUGUCAUUUGCAGAACUGAAAUUGUGCAGUAUUGGAAUACGUUUGGGAAUGGUAACAUUUUUUAAGCUUAAUAAAAUUAUACUUUUUGUGCUAUGUA